AUGGGUAGUGGUCAGGGGCAGUGGGUGGUAGCAGGGGACUUUAAUGUAGUGAGGUUCAAGGAGGAGCGAAAGAAUUCUUUGUUUAAUGCGGUAGCCGCGAAAUAUUUUAAUGACUUUAUUGAAGAAGCGGGGUUGAAUGAAUAUAUUCUUAGAGGUCACAAGUUCACUUUUCGGUCGGGACAAAAAUUGAGUAGGAUCGAUAGAAUCUUGGUUUGUGAUGAGUUUUUGUCUAAGUGGUCGGAUGCUGUUUAUCGCGCGCUCCCUAGGUUAUAUUCAUAUCAUAAUCCCAUUAUUUUGUAUGUUGAGUCUAAGAAUGCCGGUCCAAAACGGUUUCGUUUUUACAAUUCUUGGCUGGAUAGGGAAAAUUUUAAUGGCGUUGUUGAAAAAAGUUUGUCUGGGUUUAGUGGGGUUGGGGAUCCUGAUGUGCAGUUAAUGAACAAGUUCAAAAAGCUAAGGGCGGACAUUAAUAGGUGGAAAGAGGAAAACAAUAGAAAGGAAAUGGAGGAGGAGAUUUCGAUAAAGACAGAAUUUCAAAAGUUGGAUCAACAAGUGGAAGAAUGUAGCUUAAGUGAGGAAGAGAACUGGGUGUUGGCUGAAUGUAAAAGACGGCUGGAGUGGUUUCAAGAGAAGGUGAAAGCUCGACCGGAGUUAACAUGUUUCGACAUUAAACAGGUGUCGCAGAAUGAUAAGGACAUGUUAACGGCGAAUUUUUCAGAAAGAGAGAUUAAAGAUGUUGUCUUCAGCUGUGGUGAUGAUAAAUCGCCAGGCCCGGAUGGUUUUAAUUUUCGUUUUAUUAAGCGAUAUUGGUCGUUUUUUGCCAAAGAUUUUCGGGAUAUAAUGGUGAAGUUUUAUGAUGAAGGGUUGAUUAACAAAGGGGUAGGAGCGUCGUUUAUUACCCUUAUUCCUAAAUGCAAGAAUCCGGUGGGGUUGGGGGAGUAUAGGCCAAUCAACCUAAUAGGGGUUAUUAGCAAAGUAAUUUCGAAAGUGUUGGCAAAUCGGCUCAGAGUGGUAAUGAGUAGUAUUACGUCAGUAACUCAGUCGGCGUUUCUAUCGGGUAGAUUCAUUUUAGAUGGCUUAUUGAUUAUUAAUGAGAUUAUGGCUUGGGCAAAGAAGAAUAAUAAACGAAUUUUCUUGAUGAAGAUAGACUUUGAAAAGGCCUACGAUAACGUCAAUUGGGAUUUUCUCUUAGAUAUUAAAAGAUAG